AUGGGAAAGCAUUUCUGGAUGAAGCAUUUGGACAGCCAAUCACAGGACAAGCAGCCAGGUUGCAUGUCUGGAUUGGUCCACGUGUUGGACUACCAUCUAUGGCACUCUAACGUUCGAAAGAUGAUCCGACACCGUAAAUACGAUGAAACGCACAAUCGCGACGCAGAACAACUCUUGGAAGAAAUCGAGACCCCGUAUCUCAGGGGUAAAAGACCCCGUGCGAAUAAGAAACGGUCGCUCAAAUCACGCUUAAAGAGAUUUAUCACCGACGAAGAUAGCCAAGGCGUCGCUUUCAAGUCAAAGAAUUUGGAGAGGACUUAUUCCAUACAUCAUUUAGAAUCUCUCGAUAAAUUACGCAGCGAUUGGAAGCAUCCGAUUAUUUUCUUUCCAAGAAACGUGGAGAAUCGAGACGAAGAGAUUCAGACAAAGGCUGCUGCUUCCGAAGAAGGAACCGAAGAUGUGGUGGAGAUAUUCAAGGUGGACAAGGAGUUGCUUAUAAAACAUCUAGAACAUUCCGAUAAAGCCGUGAUUAACUUCUCUCGUAGUGCGUUGGGGUUGAAUACGGAAGAAUCGAAAAAGUUUGGCAAAUCGAGAUCUUUUCCGGUGGCUGAAUUGUCUCGAGGGAUAAAGAUGCUUAAGCCCGUUACACUCGAAAGUAAACAGACAGAAGUUUGGUCUACUCGAGCUCCGUUGUUAAACGGCGUUUUAGGUGAAAAGGAAAUUACGAUCGAACCCAAAAAUGCAAUGGGUGAAAAGCUCGACGAAAAUGUUCGAAAGAAUUCUCACUACCGAAGUUCUUCUUUGAACGAGUCGUUGGAUAAAUAUGCUCGGCUUUUUGAGAAUAGUUUUCCGGCGGAUGCGAAGUUGAAUGCCUCGAAGAGCUUGAGAUUGACAAGUGAAUAUGUGCAUGCUCCGGUUUAUUUCCAAAGAAUACGCUCCGCGUCACUAGUCGAUUCCUAUUAUUCGAAUUCAAAUUUCGAUGUGUUUGGUGAAGAUUCCUUGGGAAACGAUUCGGUUGUAACCGUAAAAGAUAGCGAAAAUCUCAGCUGCUUGCAAGAAACAGAGUGUCAUGCAGCACAAUUUCCGAUUUGUGAAGGUUCGGAGAACGAGUCGAUUAUUCAGACAAGACAACCUCUCGAGAAAGAAGAAAUAUCAUCGGACAUCAAGAAGAAGAACAAUAGUCCCGACUCGUAUUACGCGAGGCAACUUCUCGAUAUAUCAGGCAUCGAAAUGGACCCCACCGAGAUGACGUGGCACGCGUCGGACCAGCCAUUGGGCCCACAAUUAUUCGAGCAAGUGGAAACUCGGUGGCCCCACGAACAAGAAGAGUUGAACGGACUGCCGGAUUUUAACGGAUGUUGGCACCAUAAGAUGGUUUUUGAUUUAGUUAAUGAGGUCUUGAUCGAGUUGUACGACGUGUCGCUCCCCUACUGCCCUAAAGCCUUGUCGUCGAGUUGCUAUGUCCGUCCGUUCCCGUUAGGAGAUCGCGUCGUCGAUGAUGUCAUCAAGACCGUUGGAUCGUUUCUGAACUUGAAGCCCGAUGAAAUGGAGUCGUACGAUUUAAUCGUGGGCCGUGAUUUUGGCCGUGAUCGGAUGUGGAUGAAUCUCCAGGUGGAAACUGAGUGUGUGGCACUCGACAUCGAAGACAUGAUUUUCGAUGAAAUGCUUGAUGAUGUCAUAUUUUCUUGA